CCCAGAGCUGAUGACGGCCAAUUUCAAGUCGGGAGGAGAGAAGGAACUGCAGCUUCUGAAGGAGAUGCAGCCUGACCGGCCCCUGAUGGUCAUGGAGUUCUGGACCGGCUGGUUUGACCAUUGGCUGGCGGAGGUGCACGUCACGUGGGCGCCUGAGAAGUUCGCCGAGAACCUGGACAUGAUCCUGAGCCGCAACGCCUCCGUCAACAUGUACAUGUUCAUCGGCGGGACCAACUGGGGCUUCAUGGCGGGCGCCAACACCCUGGACAUCUGGCCCCACUAUGCGCCCGAUACCACUUCCUACGACUACGACGCUGUAUUAACCGAAGCUGGCGACUACACCGAGAAGUACCAUCUGGCGAAGGAGACCAUUGCCAGAUAUAAUCCCUUGGAAGGCAUUGUGGACCUCCCAGCGCCGCCCGUAGAGACGACCAAGGUGGCCUACCCCGCCGUCCCCGUCGCCGACGCCCUGGACCUCGAUACCUUUUUGACGCAGGUUCCCAAGUUCGAGAGCUUCGAAGGGGCGGUGAGCAUGGAGCUGCUGCCCCUGAACAACGGCAGCGGUCAGGCGCACGGCUACAUUAUGUACACGACGCAAGUCACGGUCGCGGCGCCCAACUCCACGCUGAAGAUCAGGGGUCAUGUCAGGGACAUGGCGCAGGUGCUGCUGGACGGCCAGGUCAUCACCGAGCCUUACCACACUCAGCUGGACGUCAACAAGUUCGGUUUCUGGAAUGGACUUGACAAAGAACUGAUACUCCCUGGCACCGGCGCUGUGGCUGAGCUCAGCAUCCUCGUGGAGAAUCUUGGGCGUGUCAACUACGGCGCCCCCCACAAGUACCACCAGCAGAAGGGGCUGUGGGAGGGGCCUGUCCUCGUCGACGGAGUGCAGAUCGACGAGUGGGAGAUACGCCCCAUGGAAUUCAAGGGUCUCCAGAGCUUGAAUGGCUGGACUGCCUUCGGCGGAUCCCUCGCCACCCCCAGCCUAUACCGCUGCGUCCUCGACGUGGUCGGCGCCCCCGAGGACACCUGUCUUUUGACAUUUACGCGAACAAGGGCGCCGUCUUCGUCAAUGGCUUCAACCUGGGCCGCUACUGGAACGCCGGCCCCCCCAAGACCCUGUACCUGCCGGGGCCCAUGCUAAAGGAGGGCAACAAUGAGGUGAG